CAUUAUUUUGUAAACAAGCAUACAAAUACAAUAUUUGUGACUUUCAUUACGGUUUAUUAUAUACAUUUCUCAUGAAAUGUAAUUUAUUAUAAUAUUCUCAUUCAACAUAUCAGAGUCGUUAUCAAGUCGUUUUAACAGUUUUCUUUGUAGAUUCUUCAUGAAGAUACAAACUGUGAAGACAAUACUACGUAAAGUAGCAUUCAUUUAGAUUUCAUAACCUAAAUUGAAUACAAUAAUUAUUAGUUUACUAUGCACAAAAGUCAAUAAUAAUUGUUAUAAACUGAAAAUAAUUUUUAUUUAUUAAUUUACUCAUUAUGGAAGACGAUUAUCGACGUAUUUAUGUUGGCAAUUUACCUGAGAAAGUCGACGAAGAACUGCUUUAUGAAUUAUUUAUUCAGGCAGGACCCGUGGAAGAAGUAUCCCUCCCAAAAAAACCCGAUGGAAGUCCAAAGCAAUUUGCAUUCAUACUCUUCAAGCAAGAGUGUUCUGUCAUUUAUGCCAAAGAACUAUUUGAAACGACAAGGCUAUUCGGCAACCCUCUCAGAAUUGAGCCAAAGAUGAAGGAUGCGGCUGACAGGGUGCGGGAGCAAGUGGAGAAACUUCCUGAUGUGAACGGUUUGAACGUUUUGAGAGGUUUCGGGGGAGAUAGAAGGAAUCCUUCGCUGGAAGAUGAACUUAGUCGACGACAGACUGAUGAUGGACAGAGAGGUGCAUUUGCGCCGCCUAACUUUGAACAGUUAUUACAGAUGGGCCAGCAACUUCAGCAAUCCAUUCCAUCUUUCCGCACAAUGAUCAAUCAGCCAAACUAUUAUCAGCAAUCUGAUUUGUCGAUGAUGCCUGAUCACAGGCGGCGAGGUGCUGAUCAUCAUCAGGCUAGAAAUAGACAUGUGAUGCAUCAUCCUUAUAGGGACGAAAGACCGCCGAGGUCUGAUCAAAGACAUAAUCAGCAUGGUGGUGGUCGUUACCAUCAAUAUGGUGGUCAUCAUCAACGAGAAAGAAAGGGUAGGCGACAUUAAAAUAAUAUGCUAAAGUGAGGUACUGGAGCUGAACUGUUUCUCCAUACCUGAUCAUUUUCCAAAUGAAUAUUUGAAUUUUUUCAAAAUUGAAUAUUUUCCAAAUACAUCUCAUUUUCAAAAGCAUAAUUCAAUCUUGCUUGUGUAAUUGAAUUAAAGGUAAUUAUUUUUUUCAUGUUUCAA